AGGGAGAAGUGUGUGUCAACGGAGCCGGGACGGAGCCGAACCGAGCCGAACCGAGCCGGGACAGCGAGGACGGAGGGAAGAAGUGAGAAGAAACGACUCAGUUAGAAGCUUUUUUUUUUAACGAGUGGAUGUGAUUUUUUAAUUUUAAUUUAAAUUUUUUAAUGUUUCCACGUGAGUCAUUGGACACAAAAAUCAGCAAAUAAGGAAAAAAAAAAAAAAACUCAAGCAGGAAUGGAGAGAUCCAACGGCCUCUCAUCGGACAGAAACAUCCUGUGCCUGUUCGAUGUGGACGGAACCCUGACACCGCCGAGAGAGAAAAUCGACCCACAGCUGGACGAGUUCUUCCAGAGUCUGCGGAGGAAAGUGAAGAUCGGCAUCGUGGGAGGGUCAGACUACUCCAAGAUAGCAGAGCAGCUCGGGGAGGGGGAUGAUGUGAUACACAAGUUUGACUACGUGUUUGCUGAAAACGGAACAGUGCAGUACAAAGAUGGGAAGCUGCUCUCAAAACACGCCAUUCAGAACCAGAUCGGGGAGGAGCUGCUGCAGGACCUGAUCAACUUCUGCCUCAGCUACAUGGGGCUCAUCAAGCUGCCAAAGAAAAGGGGGACGUUCAUUGAGUUCAGGAAUGGAAUGCUGAACAUUUCCCCCAUCGGUCGGAGCUGCACGCUGGAGGAACGCAUCGAAUUCUCUGAAAUCGACAAGAGGGAGAAGAUCAGGGAGAAAUUUGUUGCUGCCUUGAAAGAGGAGUUUGCUGGAAAGGGCCUACGGUUCACUAAAGGUGGUCUCAUCAGCUUUGACAUUUUUCCAGAAGGCUGGGACAAGAGACUGUGUUUAGAGCUGCUGGAGAGGGAAGGCCUGGACGACAUUUACUUCUUUGGCAACGAGACCUCAGAUGGAGGAAACGACUUUGAAAUCUUCAACGAUCCCCGGACCAUCGGUUUCACCGUUUACUCUCCAGAGGACACGGCUCGGCUCUGUCGGGAAAUUUUCUUUGAUUCUCCGCCACACGAGUCCUGAUGACCUGAACCGCCCCCCAUCCUUCACUCUCUGAACUCGAGUCCUGGAUGUCUGCUGCUAUGACAGCCAGCAUCUUGAGCCCAGGCUAUUUAUGAACUGCUGAAAGGUACCACUACUGACGUCUGCGUAUCAUUAACAAUGUUGUGAAAUGUAAAUGGACGACAGCAGCGUGAUUUGCCCACGUCAGUGAAUCGCACUGCUUUUUAUUGUUUUUUAAAAGGGACCGGGGUGGUUUUAGGUUAUGUUGUGUGUUAAACUUCUAAGUACUGUGCCAGAUGUGUUUGACUGAGGUAUGUAGCACGUCACCUGAAAUUAACCAGAAAGCUCAGAGAGAUUAUAAAACACUCUGCAAUGUGCAAAGUUAAUACUUCAAAUUGCUUAGAGUAUAGAGUGAUGUUUGCACUAAUUUUUGCAAAAUUUGAUCCUAAUAAUUAACACUGCUGAAGAGGGUAAGAGAAACUAAUCACGCUUGUUGUGUUCUGAGUCUAUUUUAAACAGUGAGAUAUGAAUAAAGUGAAGAUUAGAGCCUUCCUUCCUUCCUCUGAGGAUGCAGGAAUCAUUCCGGGUAUUUUCUCGUCUGAAGUGAAUCUGUUGAUCGUUUUCUGUGAUCCCUGAUUGUCCAAAGUCGGUUUUAACUUCGCAAAGCUGCUGAAAAAAAAAGAAGCGUGCUGGUGUUUCUUGUUUUGCUUCCUAAAAGGCAUUCAAGUGAAGAUGAGUUAUAUUUAAAAUUAAACAGUUCUGAGUCAGUGAAUUCAGUACGGCAACUGUCUAUGUAGAAUAUUUUUACCAGUUGCUCUGCGCCUGGUGUUCUGGGUGACUAAACGUACUGAUCGAGUCCUCGUAGCGACGUUUUUAGGUUUUAUUCUUGCUUCACAGGUUUUUAAAAAAGGUUUAACGUGCUGGAUUUUACCAUUUAGUUCUUGUUCUAGAACAAUAUUGUCUCUGUGAUGCAUCAUCGUUGUGAAUAUGAACUUGUGAUGAGUCAUGUUUGUGUGUCUGAACACUCCGUGAACUGGACAGGAUCAUAAAACGUCUCAUGUGUCCCUGAUGCUACUUGCUGAUAAAAACACUAACUGUGAAGUCUGUUCAUGACGUCUUCAUUGUAAUAAAUUUUUGAUAUCAUCUUAA